AUGGAUGAGUUUCGGCUGUUCACAUCGAUCCGCUAUGAUCCCAUUCUGCUUGAUACACCAAAGCAGCAACAUCUCAACACCACGGAAUGGAACCGCGCAGUCUCGUCCCCAUGGUACAUGCUGGAUUACCACCGGGACCGCAUGCUGAAAGCGGCGGUGCACUUUGGCUGGGGCUCUGCUGUCGCCCAGCUCGCUGGUCCCGAGGGCUUGAAAAGGCUCAAUGACUUUUUGGAGCCCGUGGCCACGUCUGCAGGGUCAGCCGUUCACCGCGUAAAGAUCACAAUAGGCAAGGACGGCAAACUGGGCUACGAGUCCGGUCCGGCCUCGCAGACUGGACUACAGAAUCUUUUUCCUGCUCACCUUCCUGCGCCUAGGGAAGAAGAGGUUGCGGCAAAUGCACCGCAGAGGCAGCCCGAGUUUGAGGUAUACGUGGAUAGUGCGUCUACCUCCCAGACCGAAUUUACACAUUACAAGACCACCAAGAGGCAAAUGUACGACGAUGCGAGGAAACGGUAUUCCCUGAGCCCGGCCGAUGCCAAGGAGGUUCUACUUGUCAACCCAAGGGACAGCUCAAUCAUGGAAGGAAGCAUCACGACUCCGUUCCUCUGGCGCAAUGGUAGAUGGGUCACGCCACCCGUAUCCCAUAUCUUCCAAGAGGGCAUGGGAAGUGGCGGGAAUGACGGUACUACGAGAAGAUGGGCUUUGGAAAGAGGACUUGCCGUCGAGGAGGUUGUUCUUGCUGACAGCCUCUGCGAUGGCGAAGAGUGCUGGAUCAGUAAUGGUGUGCGAGGCUUCAUCUUUGGCAGGAUCAAGCUUUGA